ACAGUUGUUCGCUUGAUAAGUUUUGGCGCGCUGGUGGUUGUGUUGACGUUUGAAAAUUUGUUACCCAUAGUUGUAUCUUCAGUACCUUUAAUGGACCAAUAAGUAAUCGGAAACUUCACCGGCUGAGGAAGGAGUUGACAGGGCUGCCAAGAUGUACAUCAAGUCAAUAGUCAUUGAUGGAUUCAAGAGUUAUGGACAGCGGACAGAAAUCAAUGGUUUUGACCCUCUCUUCAAUGCCAUCACAGGCCUCAAUGGGUCUGGCAAGUCUAAUAUUCUGGACUCCAUCUGCUUUCUCCUCGGUAUUACUAAUCUCAGCCAGGUGCGUGCCACAAACCUGCAAGAGUUGGUGUACAAGAAUGGACAGGCAGGUAUCACCAAGGCAACUGUCUCCAUCACCUUUGACAACACAGACAAGAAGCAGAGUCCAAUUGGUUAUGACCACUACUCAGAGGUCACCAUCACACGGCAGGUUGUUAUUGGUGGGCGCAACAAAUACAUGAUCAAUGGCAGCACAGUACAGAACAGCCGUGUGCAGGAUUUCUUCCGCUCCGUGCAGCUCAAUGUCAACAAUCCACAUUUUCUCAUCAUGCAGGGACGCAUCACGAAGGUGCUCAGCAUGAAGCCCCCUGAGAUCCUGGCCAUGAUAGAGGAGGCAGCUGGCACCCGUAUGUAUGAGGCCAAGAAACAGCAGGCAGAGAGGACCAUUGAGAAGAAGGAUGCAAAACUGCUGGAGAUGAAUACUAUCUUGGCUGAAGAGAUCAAUCCAACACUUAGCAAACUAAAGGAAGAGAGGUCAAUGUACUUGGAGUAUCAAAAGGUACAGAGGGAGCUGGAACACCUAUCCAAGUUGUAUAUUGCCUACAAGUUUGUUACAGCACAGGAGACAAGUGAGAAGGUGCAGGGAGGCCUGGAUGAGGUGAAGCAUGAGAUGGAAGAGCUACAGCAGAAGAUGAGUGAUGGUGCAGUGGAGAUCAAGAAGCUUGAGAAUGAGAUCAUUGUUUUGCAAGAACAGCGAGAUAAAGAUACCGGGGAGCAGCUGCAGAACCUAGAGAAGAUCCUGAAGGAGAAGGAGAAGGAGCAUGUUAUGAAGUGUGCCUCCCUGAAGAACAUGAAGGAGACACUCAAGGCUGAGGAAAAGAAGAAGAAGCAGCUGGAAAAGUCCCUUGCUGAUGACAAGAAGGUGAUGGAGAAACAGAAAGCUGAAGGUGAUAAGCUUCAGGGCAAAUUUGAUGCCAUGCGUGCCCAAGAUCAGGCAGACGGUGAGGCACUAGCAGCAGCUGAACGCCGGCUGCAGGCAAUCAGCUCUGGCAUGUACUCUUCUGGCGAUGGGGAAGAUGCCACACUACAGGAACAACUUAUCAAGACCAAAGCAAAUAUCACUGAGGCCAAGACUGCCACCAAGCAAGCUGAAAUGAAGCUGAAGCACAGCCGGGAAGAGCUGAAGCGGAAGCAGCAGGAGAUGCGGUCCACAGCGGCACAGUAUGAGAAGGACAAAUCUCUGCUGGAUCGCAUGGAGAAACAAGUAGCAAAUCUGCAGAGCCAGUUGGAACACCUGGACUAUGAUGACAGCCGGGUGGAGGAGCUGGAGGGGCAACACCGCAGCCUCAACCAUGCUAUUGUGAACCUCCAAGAGAAGAUUGACAGACUUGAGUCAAGGUACCCUCAGCUGAGCUUCAAUUACAAGGACCCUGAGAGGAACUUUGACCGCUCUUCUGUCAAGGGCCUGGUAUGUAAGCUAUUGACCUUAAAGGACUCCUCCACUGCCACAGCCAUUGAGGUCAUUGCUGGAGGAAAGUUGUACAACGUCAUCACGGACACAGAGGUCACAGGCCAAAAGCUCCUGAAGAAUGGGAAACUGGCAAGACGAGUCACCAUUAUCCCUCUCAACCAGAUAGCUGGGAGGUCCAUUGACAAUCGUACUGUGCAGCAAGCUGAGGCUUUGGUAGGCAAGGAGAAUGCACAGACAGCCCUCUCCUUGGUGUGCUAUGACUCAGAGGUGCACAAAGCCAUGGAGUGGGUGUUUGGCAGUUCGUUUGUGUGCCGUGAUAUAGACUCGGCCACGAAGGUCGCCUUUGACAAGAAUAUCAUGCGCAAGGCAGUCACUCUAGAGGGAGAUGUUUUUGACCCUGCUGGAACACUGACAGGAGGUUCCAGGAAACAGGGAGGCUCCAUCCUGGCCCAGCUGGAUUCCAUGCGUGAGUUCCAGAAUGAACUAAACAUGAAAACCAAGCAGCUUGAUGAAGUGAAGCAGCAGUUGCACCACCUCCAGAGAAAUGCGGACAAAUAUGCAUCUGUGAAGCAGGAGUACACCUUGCGUAGCCACGAGCUGCAGUUGUGUCGGCAGCGCAUUGAGCAGAGCACCCACUACCAGCACCAGGAGGAGAUCAAGGCCCUGGAGGAAAUCAUGACUGAGUGUGUGGCAACCCUUGAGAGGUGCAAGCAGGUGGACGUGGAGGGAGAGGCCAAAGUGAAGGAGAUUGAGAACAAGAUCAAGAAUGCCAAGACUGUUAAAGAACAAGAGAUGAAAGCUGCCAAGGCAGAGCUCGAAAAAUGCAAGAAAGUGGCAGCCGAGACCAGGAGUAAGUGGAAUCUUAUGAAGCAGGAUGAAGAGAGCCUCAAGCUGGAGUUACAUGAGUUAGAACAAAGCAUAGAGGCAACACAGAGCCAGAUUGCCACCUGCAUUGAGGUGAUCCAACAAUACGAGGAGCAGGAAAAGAGUCUGGCAGAACAGGUGACUCUCAGCAAGGGUGAGGUGGAGGCAUCUCAGACAGCAGUGAAAGAAGCAAAAGAGAGAGUGAAUGCACAGAACAAGGAGAUCAAACACAUGGCAGCACGUAAAGAGGAACUCAGCAAGAUGAGGGAUGAGGCCCAACUUGCCAUCCAGCAGCUGGAACAUAAACUGUCAAAACUGAAGUCUGAGGCCAAGGAUGCAGAAAACCAUGUAAAACAGCUGCUCAGUGCUCACGAGUGGAUUGCUGAGGACCGCAAGUUCUUUGGCAAGCCAAACACUGGGUACGAUUUCAGCGCCAAUGAUCCCGUGGAGGCCGGACGCAGGAUAACCCGCCUGGAGGAGGCCAAGACAAAGUUGUCCAAGAAUGUUAACAUGAGAGCCAUGAACAUGCUAGGAAAGGCUGAGGAACAGUACAAUGACCUGAUGAGGAAGAAGCGCAUAGUGGAGAAUGACAAGGCUAAGAUUGAGAAGGUUAUUCUUGAACUGGAUGAGAAGAAGAAAGCAGCUUUGAGACAAGCAUGGGGACAGGUGAACAAGGACUUUGGCUCCAUCUUCAGUACACUCUUACCUGGUGCACAGGCCAAGCUGCAGCCACCCGAAGGACAGGAUGUGCUUGAUGGACUUGAGUUCAAGGUAGCAUUUGGGGAUGUGUGGAAGGAGAGCCUGACAGAGCUGAGUGGUGGACAGAGGUCACUUGUGGCACUCUCCCUUAUUCUGGCACUGCUCCUCUUCAAGCCAGCACCGAUAUAUAUCCUGGAUGAGGUGGAUGCAGCACUUGAUCUCUCCCACACACAGAACAUUGGCAACAUGCUCAGGAUGCAUUUCAGACACUCACAAUUCAUCAUUGUGUCUCUUAAGGAUGGAAUGUUCAACAAUGCCAACGUGCUCUUCAAGACAAAGUUCGUAGAUGGCAUGUCCACCGUGACCCGCCACACCCAGCAUGCCCAGCGGAAAAAGUGAAUUACACACUUGUAGUGCGUAGAGUAGACCAGUACCUUUCUUGCAUUAGAAAAAAUAAUAAUAAUAAUAAUAAUAAAAAUAAGAUGAGGUAAUAAAUGGCAAAACAUGGCAGGAAGAACAGAUCCAUAUGCAUAAUUGAUUUAUACAACCUGUACAAUUUAGAUUUUAUAUUUCUUACAAAAUGAAUGCCAUUGAAGCAUUAUUUUUCUUCUUACUCCAUUUCCUGUCUCAUGUUGAUUAUACAGUAAUUAGUUUCAUUAUAUAAAGAUGGUGUGUCAUUCUCUACUAUUCCUAUCUCUUGUACAGAUUUCCUUUACCCAUCGUAUCUUACUAUGAUGAGGGCAAGUUAUCUCAUCAUUUUUUUUUUUUUUUCCCAUCAUAUGGGGGUUGGAUGACUUAUUAUCUGUUCUUUGAUUAUCAUCCAUCUCAUUUCUUCAUGCAUAUCCUUCCAGAUCUUUCCUUUUCUCAUUGGGAAGAAGUAAAUGGCUCUAAAAAGUAUAAGUAAUGUUUUUCAGGUAUAUUUGCAUUUGUUAUUCAUUAAAUUUAAUGGUGUUUAGUAUUUAGACUACUUUGAAGAGGUGAAUUGACUUGUUAAAAAUUUUUUUUUUUUUAUCUGAGACAGGAUAAGCAUAAAAAUGUUACAAAUUAGAAUAAAGAGUAUUUUCUUCA